ACGCACAAUUUGUACGCACUAUUAGACAUUUAUUAAGCCGAAGCCUGGGCUCGUAAAGAGUUGUAGAACCUUUAAGAAAAAUAAGCACCUUCCAGCACCCCUUUGUAAAGUAAACAUCAAUUAAUCCAAAUUUCACGAUGCUAAUGUUGACAUUCAUCAAAAAUGACAAAUAAAACUUACAUGAUUCGGAGGAUUAUAUGUUCAGAUUUUUUUUUAAUUAAAAAUGGAUAUUCGCAAAUUGACUAUAAUGAUGCAGAUCAUGCUUUAUACGAAAGAAAAUGUGACAUACGAUUUAAUAACCCUAUCAAAUCAUUUAAUGAGUGGUUUGGAGAUGCCCAAAAAUCAAUUAUAGAACCAAAUUCAAUGUGUCUUUCCACAUGUACAAAAGAUGGUAGAUCAUCUUCCAGAUUUGUGUUACUUAAAGGUAUUGAUCAAGAGACUGGUUUAAAAUUUUUUACAAAUUAUGAAAGCUGGAAAGGAAAACAAUUAGCAGAAAAUAACCAAGCUAGUGCAGUGUUUUACUGGCAGCCUCUCCACCGUUCAGUUAGGUUUGAAGGGAGAUGUAUUAAAUUGGAUGCAGCGCAAAAUGCUGAAUAUUUUUUGGAGCGUUGCAAAGGCAGCCAAAUAUCAGCCAUAAUAAGCAAACAGAGCCAACCUGUCAAGGAUAGGGACACAAUGGAAAAUUUAUGUUCUCAAUACGAAAAAGAGAUAUCUGCAAGUAACAAGCUGCUUGAGUGCCCUAGCUAUUGGGGUGGGUAUGCUCUACAACCUGAUAGGAUAGAGUUUUGGCAAGGGCAAACCAACCGUCUCCAUGACAGAUUUUUGUUCCUCAAAGUCAAUAAUGAAAUGGGAAUUAGUCGAGAAUUUGAAGAAAGUGACAAUUUUAGGGAACUUAGCAAUUUAACUUCCGACGGGCAAUGGCGGUGUCAGCGAUUAUUUCCAUAGCUUUUUUUAGAAUCUAUUAUUAUUUCAUAUUUUUUGAUAUUCUGUCCUAAAUGUUUAUUUUAUUGAUUAAACCACCUCAU